GGCGCCUACAGCUGCAUGGCCACCAACAACGUGGGAAACCCGGCCAAGAAGUCCACCAACAUCCUGGUCAGAGGUCUUCGUAAAGGUCGGUUCUGGAUCACUCCUGACCCGUACCACAACGACGACAACAUCCAGAUCGGCCGCGAGGUGAAGAUCAGCUGCCAGGUGGAGGCGACGCCGCCCGAGGAGCUGCAGUUCAGCUGGCUGAAGAACGGCCGGCCGCUGAAGAGCUCCGAGCGGAUGGUCAUCACCCACACGGACACCGACAUCUCGCCGGGAACCACAAACCUCGACAUCAUCGACCUCAAGUUCACCGACUUUGGAACCUACACCUGCGUAGCGUCACUGAGGAACGGAGGAACACCUGAGAUCAGCAUCGACGUCAACAUCUCAUCCACCACAGUUCCUCCGGAGCUGAAGGUCCCUAGGGGGCGCUCUCACCUCAUCGCUCAGGAGGGCGACACCGUGGACCUGCAGUGUCUGGUGUCGGGGAAACCCAAACCCAUCAUCCUGUGGUCGCGGGUGGAGGAGAGCGCGGCGGCAGCGGCAGCGCAGGCUCUGAUGCCGGACGGCUCGAUGCAGACGGAAAGUUACGACGGUGUUCUGAGAAUCACCAACGUUACGAGAGAGAUGAGCGGAUCGUAUCGCUGCCAGACGAGCCAGUACAACGGAUUCAAUGUGAAGCCCAGAGAGGCUCUGAUCCAGCUGGUGGUGCAGUUCCCUCCCACGGUGGAGCCGGCGUACACAGAGAUCCGUCAGGCUCUGGGUCGAGCGUUCAGCCUCACCUGCCGCCUGCUGAGAGCUCAUCCGGCUCGCCUCCUGAGGUACGAGUGGAAGCUGGGCUCCCGUCUCCUCACCGUCGGACAGUUCAGCGACCAGCGCGACGACACCAACUACCACGUCAGAGCUCUGAACAGAGAAGGCUACGGCGAGUACACCUGUGACAUCACCAACGAGGCCGGAGCGGGACGCUGCACCUUCCUGGUCACAGGGAAAGCCUACGCUCCAGAGUUUUACUACGACACUUACAGCGCUUUGUGGCAGAACCGGCCGCGUGUCUACGGCUUCAGGCUGCAGUGGACUCAGAUGGAGCCCGGCGCCGUGGACCGGAUCCUGGCCUACAGGCUCGGCAUCAGGCAGAUGAGUCAGUCUCGCUGGUGGGAGCAGGAGAUUCCCAUGGAGGGAAGCAUCCAGAAGGGGGAGCUGUUGACCUACAACCUGACCGAGCUCGUCAAGCCGGAGUCGUACCUGGUUCGUCUGACGCCGAUCAGCCGCUACGGAGAAGGAGACGCCACCGAACGCAUCAUCACGUACAGCGCUCCUGUUAACCCACAUCUCAGGGAGUUCCAGUGUGGCUUCGAGGACGAGGCGUUGUGUUUGUUCUCUCAGGACAAAACCGACGAGUUCGAUUGGACGAGACACAGCGCAUCAACACGAGACACUAAAUACACACCGAACACCGGACCGAGCUCUGAUCACACUGGAUCCAAGCAGGGUUUCUACAUGUACAUCGAGACAUCGCGGCCGCGGCUGGAAGGAGACAAAGCUCGGCUGCUGUCACCAACCUUCAACACGGGCUCCAAGAGCUCCUCCUCCUCCUCCUCCUCUUCCUCCUCCUCCUCCUCCUCCUCCAACCCCACCUACUGCUUCGCCUUCUACUACCACAUGUACGGGAAACACAUAGGAGCUCUGAACGUGUUGCUGCGGCAGAAAGGUCAGACGGUGACGGACGCUUCGGUCUGGAGUCUGACCGGUAACCAAGGAGACCGCUGGCGGCAAGCCAAAGUCAACAUCCACCCCAAACACAGCCUUCAGAUGGUGCUGGAGGGGGUUCGAGGUGCUGGUAUCGAGGGAGACAUCGCCAUCGAUGAUGUCACCAUCGAGGAGGGGGAAUGUAAAGACCCCCCCCCCAACAAUCUGAGGUCUCUCGCCCCGCCGUCAUCGCCCCAUAUAUGGCAGCUGUGCGUCACUCUGAGCCUGGCUGUGAUUGGCCGGCAGAGGUGA